AUGCGCUGCUGCACGGUUCUCCCGUUCCCUCUCAUCCCCGCUUUCCCUUGCACGCAUGUACUGCAGGGCGCGGACGCGGCCGCGGGGAAGGGCGGCAGCGCGGAGGGCGCGCUGGCGGAGGCGGUGGACUUCCGCGCGCUGGAGCAGCGCUUCCAGGCCACGGGGCACCUCGCGGGGCACCUCGCGGACGCCGCCGCUGCCCCUGCAGCUGCUGAUUGUGCUGCCGCUACAGCCUCUGCUGGUGAAACGGCUUGUGUGGCGGCGGUGGCAGUGAGCAGUAUAGUGCGAGAGGAGGGCGUGGCGGGGCUGCAGUGCCCUGUGUACUCCGUGCAGGGCAGGCCUGGGUUCUUCUUCCUGCCCGGAGCACUGACGGUGCAGCAGCAGGCGCAGCUAAUUCAAGACGCCCUGCAGAACAGCGUAGAGCCGCCCAACCGCACCAACCACACCGCUGCCUUUGGUGCCAUCCACGGCCUCUGGCCUGCCUUCUCCCUCUCCUGUGCUGCUGCCUCUGAUCAUGGCAGCACGGAGCAUGCUGGUGCUGAUGAUGAUGGUGAUGGUGGUGGUGGUGAUGAGGAUAGCAGCAGCAGCAGCAGCAGCAGCAGCAGCAGCAGCAGGAGGCGUGUCAGUGCUGUGCUGCGGCCGUGUGUGGGAGGAGGAGAGGCGGAGGGGGUUGAGUGUGCCGAAGAGAGGGGCGUGAGUGGGGAGGCGAGGGAGUGGGGUGGGGAGAAUGGGUGGCGGGGUAUUGCAGGUGGCGCGUGCUGCUUUGAGUUUCACGAGCAAGGGGAGGAGGAGGAGAGGGGGAAAGGCAGAGGGGAGAAGGGGCGGAGGAAAGGAGGGGGAGGAGAGGCGAGAGGGAGUGGGGAUGGAGUGAGGGAUAGUGGGGGCGAGGUAAUGGAGGGAGAGAGGGGUGACGGCGCAGGUGCAGUGAUGAAGAGUGGGGAGGAGGGUGAGAGGAAUGGAGGCGAGGGGAGGUGUGUGGGGGGGGAGGGAGUGGGUGGGGGCCGUGAAAAGGGAGUGAGCGCGGAGUGGUUGGUAGGCAAGCUGCGGUGGGCCACUCUUGGCGUGCAGUUCGACUGGAGCAAGCGGGCCUACGACCCUGCGCUGCCCUUUCGCCCCUUCCCCCCUUUCCUCGCGCACCUGGCCGCGCACCUGGCAGCGCCUGCCAUGCCCUCCGCGCACGCCACCUUCUCCCCGGAGGCUGCCAUCGUCAACUUUUACCAUCCAGGCGACAUGCUGGGCGGGCAUGUGGAUGACAUGGAGGCGGACUGGACCAAGCCCAUCGUCAGCAUCAGUCUGGGGUGCAAGGCGGUGUGUUCUGCUGGGCGGGUGCACGCGCGACGAGGCACCCGUGGCAGUGGUGGUGCGCAGUGGCGAUGUGCUGCUCAUGGCCGGCCCUGCAGGGAGUGCUUCCAUG